AUGGAGAAUCAGAUAUUGCUCGAUAUAAGAUCAGUUAUAGAUGGUGGACUUGUAACUGACAUAUUUAGUCAAAAUACUCCUCUUAUUUCUGAAAAUUUUAAUCUGGAAACUGCAGUAAUAAAUAAUCAAUUUGAAGAAGGAUUGUCAUCUACUCAAGGCAAUCAUUUAUGCACUGUAAAUGCGGGAGAGACUCUGUUGGAUCACUUUAAGUAUCCUUCUACUGUGGAAAAUCAGAAUGCAAUAGCAAAAGUUGAAAUAUAUCCACAUGGAAACAACAGCUGUGGCAAUGAAGAUCUUGGAAAUUACAAGGAAUUAAAUCUUCCAGAAGAAGAUGAACAUACAUGUUCACCUUAUCUGCCUUCAGAUGGUGUCCAUUUUCUUUCUUCUGUCAUGACACAGCAUAAAAAUUGCAGUGUUCCAAAUUCAAGCGUUUUCUCUUCGGAAGGAACAGUCGAUCAAAAUGUCAGAACUGUACCAGCGUUUAGACCAUUAAUACCUCCAGUUGCAGGUGAGAAUAACUGUAUUUGUUAUGACCAAUAUAAGGGAAUCCAAACCAGCCCUAUGCAGUCAAAAAACUUGCCAGAUUGCUUAAAUGAAUCUUCCAGUGGUAUUUGUGGCUUACCUCAGACUAAUGCUUCUGCCUAUGAUGAAGUAGUAAUCUGUCAGUUGGAAGGAGGUACUCAAAUACUCUGCAUACACAACUGUGCCACACAGGAACUAAAACCAGUUUAUCUACUGCCCCAGUAUCAAGACCAACAUAAUUAUCUUCAAUCUGAUGUGGGCAACUCUGUAACAGCUGUACUGGGGCAGUAUUUGCCUGUUUCAGGCAAACUGGAUCUGAAUGAGCAAGAGUUUGAACAUGGAUCCUUACAAUCGGCAGCUAGCACUGCCACAUUCCAGCCAGAAUCAAACCUGCAAGUGAAAGUGCCUUCAGCUGGAUAUUGUGAUUGCUUUGCCAAUGGUGAUUUUUGCUGCAAUUGCAACUGCAAUAAUUGUUACAACAAUCCACUUCAUGAAACUGAACGAUUUAAAGCCAUUAAGGUCUGUCUCGAUAGAAACCCAGAAGCUUUCCUACCAAAGAUUGGGCAAACAAAACUGGGAGAAGUUAAACCUCACCAUAACAAAGGAUGCAAUUGCAGACGUUCAGGAUGUCUCAAGAAUUAUUGUGAGUGCUUUGAGGCUAAAAUUAUGUGUUCCUCUAUUUGUAAAUGCAUUGGUUGCAAAAAUUAUGAAGAAAGUCCAGAUAAAAAUCCACAGCUGACUGCACUAAACUACAUGGACAUAGGAAGUAAUGAAGGAAAUAACCCAGUUUUAACAUCAGCAAUGGAAAUAAUACCAAAAUUGGAGAAAGACAGACUGAGAUAUCUAUCUUGGGAAGAAGUGAAAGCAACAUGUACUUGUCUCCUGGUGCAAGCUGAAGAGGCAGAAAAACGAGGAUACUCUGACUGUCUAGGUGAAUGCAUGAUCAUGGAGGAAUUUGGGAGAUGUUUAUCCCAGAUUUUACAUGCGUAAUUAAAACCUGCAAGACUGAAGGUUUUCAAUAAUUUUCCAUGUAUUAUAAAGCCAAUGAGUAUUAAUAUGGAUAUAUCGUCAGUCUCCACAGUGCUGCUGCUUAAUGAUCUUACCUUGAUCUUUCAUAGGACUAAUUUCAUUGACUUCUCAUGAAUUCUUUCUGAGUUAUGCUGGUGUAAGUGAAAUCCAUGUAAUAUCCAACAUUUUUUCAAGUAACUUAAUACAAAAGAAAGCUUACUACAUUUCCUACUAAAAAAGAUUUUCUCUGUACUUAUGAUUUUCUGAAGAAUUGGCCCAGUCUUUACCUAGACUCUAAUUAAAAGUCAGUUUAACUUAAAAUGACUUUGGAUGUUUUUGAGUAGACAUCCAGUAGAAACUAAGUAAAAAUUUCCUGUCUUAUUUUGGUUAUUAUGUGAAUGGUGAAGCAAUUUAAUUUCCAGUGGUAGUAGGUAAAUCUGCUGUGUUUGGCUUUGGAUCUUCUCUGCUUUGGCAACUUAUUUCUCCUGUCUGCUGAUGUACUAUUUUUGGAAAAGAGAGCAACAUUGUCAAUUGGUUUGGUGUUCAUUGUUGGAAAAAAACAUCUAAAACAAUACUAGCAUCCUUUUCUUAGUGCCACUCUCCCUCCUCCUCCCUCACUUCCUACUCCCUCCUCCUAACUUUUUUCCAACAGUAGCUUUAGUAGACAUAGAGCCUGUCUAAUAAAAAGUAGGAAUUUGACGUCCUUUUUUCUCCUAUCUUAAAGUACAAGAGUAUGUGACAAAAGAAUCUUUUAUGAAUCUUUUAAGAUUAUGAAAUCUUAUGAAAAGAUUUUAUGAAUCUUUUAUACAGAAUUAAAAUUUGCUGAAACCUAGCUUUGCAAUCCAGUUUCCCUUAAAGUUUUGAAUAACUUUUGUUUGUUUAUUUAUUUUUGGUAUGUUUAAAAUCUAAAAUGCUACACACUCAGUAUGUAUAAAAACUAAAAUGUGUAAAAUUUUCAUAUCUUCUCUGUGAUAUGUUUUCUGCUUCUCAUUCUCAUUGUUGUUCAAUUUUAUUUUCUCCAGCAAGAGUAAGCUAUUUGCUGCCAUAUUGUUUUCUAAAUGACUUGACAGAUUAUAUCAAAAAUAAAGCUGUUUGGUUUUAGAUGUAUUUAUGCUAGGUUAAUAAUAUUUGCUUGAAUAUUUCUGACUUUUGUGCUGAAAAGAAUAAAGAUAUUCUCCAUGUCAUGUUGAUUUAUUAAAAAU